CCCGCAGUGCUGGAGUGCCCCCACCCUCGGAGUGGGCUUCGGGAUGAGCAGGGGCAGCCCGUACCCUGCAAGCCGCAGCCCCCACUGAUGUUGCAGCAUCCCUGUGGGGCUGGGGACUGCUCAGCUGGGGGUGAGCGGCGUCUUCUCCCCAUUGGCGCUCUGGGACAGGGAUCCGGCUGCACCUCCUCUUCCUCAUCCCGCGUAGGGCGGUAACAGGGCCGGAGCGCAGCCCGGCAGGAGGCACUGCCCGAGGUGGAGGAAGAGGAGGAGGAGGAGGAGGGAGGGCCGGGACUCCGCAGAUCCGCUCAGACACACCAUGAGCGAAGCAGGGGGCAACGGGAUCCCCCCAGCGUCCCUGCAGGACUAUGAGCUGGCUGGAAAGGUGAUGUUACUCGGAGACUCAGGCGUGGGGAAAACCUGCUUCCUGCUCCAGUUCAAAGACGGGGCCUUUCUCUCCGGGACGUUCAUAGCCACCGUGGGCAUAGAUUUCCGGGUGAGAGCACGGCAGCCUGCCCCAGUUCUGGAGAACAAGGUGGUGGAUGUGGAUGGGGUGAAGGUGAAGCUGCAGAUCUGGGACACAGCAGGACAGGAGCGGUUCCGCAGUGUGACCCACGCCUACUACAGGGAUGCCCAAGCCCUACUCCUGCUCUACGACAUCACCAGCAAAAUGUCCUUCGACAACAUCCGCGCCUGGCUGACAGAGAUCCACGAGUAUGCCCAGAAGGACGUGGUUAUCAUGCUGCUGGGCAAUAAGGCCGACGUGAGCAGUGAGAGAAUGGUGAGGACAGAGGAUGGAGCCUCACUGGCCAGGGAAUAUGGGGUGCCCUUCAUGGAGACGAGCGCCAAGACCGGCAUGAAUGUGGAGCUGGCCUUCCUGGCCAUCGCCCGGGAGCUGAAGCAGAGAGCAAUGCAGCUGCCAGACGAGCCCCGCUUCCAGAUCCACGACUACAUCGAGGCGCAGCAGAAGAGAUCCGGCUGCUGCGCCUUCGUUUGAUGGGGACAGGAGCAACGCCCCGGGAACGGCGGGCUGGGAGGAGCAGGGCCGGAUCCUGCCUACGAUGGAACAGAGGGUCACGGCUCUGCUCCUGCGGGGCUCUGAGCAGGAUUGGAUCCCGUUGCCGUGUGGGGCUGUGCCAGGAUCACCCCGAGUGCCCCAACCACGCUGUCGGCAUCAGCCCAGCCGAUCACCGGAGGUCACGAUGAUGCCACCGCUGCCCCAGCAGGACGCAGGGUGCAGGAUGCAGACCCGGCGACUGGCUCCUCCCCUGCUGUGCACUCCGUGCUGCACUCCUCGGCCACACAGGCCCCGAUCCGCCCCGCUGCCCUCUGCAGAGCCGCUCGCUGAGCGGCGCCCCUCACCACCACGUGCUGCGGUGUCCCUGCCUGUCCGCCCCGCUGCAGUUGGCACCACAACAUGCAGACAGCCCCGGAGCACCCGGUGAUCGCCGAGGGCACUUCCAGUACACGCAGCACUUUGGAAAAGCUUUGCUUUCCCCCUCUUGCAGCUGAAGCUUUUCUAUUGUUAUUUACUUCCCUUUGAGGGGAAAGCUUUUUUCUUUCCGGAUGGGGCUGAAGCGGCCCACGGGUCGCACCCUCAGGCGCUGUGCUGCACAGGGCGCGGAGACAAGGAAUAUUCGGGUGUGCUGCUCAAGAUGCCAAGGGCAGCUGCAGAGGGCACAACUCUGAUGCACUUGGGGUCAAUCGGGCACAUCCAUCCCCACGAGUCCCCUCCCUGCCCCGCAGCCCCCUUCACUCCUGCGCUCCCCUUGGAUCUUUCUUUGCAAGUGUACAGAUUAAAGCUGGAUAUUUUCAA